UUCCACCUCCACUCCACUCCAUUCCGACCAUGGCCGCCGCCCUCGUGGAGCAAGUCAUGGGGUGGUUCCCCCGCGCUGCCGACGCCAUCGCAAGGCCUGCCUCCCUCUCCGCCGCCGCGGGCUACGAUGGCGAGGACCGUGUCAGCGUUCUCCCGGACGACCUCCUCCGGAGCGUCCUCUCUCGCCUCCCCGCCAAGGACGCCGCCCGCACCGCCGCCCUUGCCUCCCGGUGGCGCCAUCUCUGGCGCUCCGCCCCGCUCGUCAUCAGCGACGCCGACCUCCCCCGCUCCGCCGUCGCCCGCGUCCUCGCCGACCACCCGGGCCCCUUCCGCGCCGUCACCCUCUUCCGCAGCCGGUUCGCGCGCCACGAGCGCGCUCUCUCCGAGUGGCCGCGCCUUCUCGCCGCCAAGGGCGUCCAGGAUCUCGUCAUCGCCGACAAUGUCCGCGACCCCACCGCCGCCACCCAGCCCCUGCCCGCCGACGUCCUCCGCUGCGCCUCGCUCCAGCGCCUCUUCCUGGGCUUCUGGACGUUCCCGGACACCGCGGGCCUCCCGCGCGGCGCCCACGUCUUCCCGCACCUCCGGGAGCUCGCCAUGUUCGUCACAACCAUCACCGACCAGGGCCUCGACUACAUGCUCACCUGCAGCCCGGCUCUGGAGACCCUCGCGUUUAUCCUCAACAAGACGCCCGAGCGCGUCCAGCUCAGGAGCAAAAGCUUGCGCUGCGUGCUCUUCUGGUUGUCCAUGGUUGAGGAGGAGGUCGCCGUGGUGGACACCCCUCUCCUGGAGCGGCUCAUCCUCUUUGAAGCUCCCCCUGGAUCUGGUGAAGAUGAAGUUGCUAGCCUUCCGGUGAAGGUGAAGAUUGCUUCUGCACCCAAGCUGCGGGUGCUCGGUUACUUGGAGCCAAGAGUUCACCAGCUGCAGAUCGGUGACAGAGUCAUCAAGCCUAACACAAGGGCGAGCCCAAGCACAGUGGUCCCAAGCGUCAAGAUAUUGGCUUUGAAGGUUAAUUUUGGUGUCUUAGAGGAGGUGAAGAUGCUGGCCAGCUUCCUCGGAUGCUUUCCCAAUGUUGACACUCUGAACAUCGUGUCUACUAUAGCUGAAGAACCCACUGGAAGGCACCACGCCAAGUUCUGGAGGGAGGUCUGUCCUGUGCAAUGCGUCAAGUCCCACGUCAAGACGGUGUGUGUCAAAGAAUUCCGUGGGGAUCAGAGUGAGUUCGAAUUCAUCAAGUUCAUUGCCAGGAGCGCCAAGGAACUGGAGGCUUUGCUCAUUGUGCUGACCAAAGAAAACUUUGCUUCGGAGGAUAAGGCCUGUGGGUUGACAAACAAAUUGGGGGCUCUCUCCCUGGGUGUGCCAUGGGUCUGUGAGGAAGCUGGGAUGCUGGUUCUAGGUCCUAGAAUGGAGAAUGUUUGGAGCUGCCAGAACGCUUCUGAUCUUACUGUUGAAAACCCUUUUCACUGAUGGACCCAAGUUUGGUUGACUGUGAUACAUGUUUUUUGGGGGGAACCAUUUGCUGUUCUACA